AUGACUGGACAUUUGCAGGCCUCCUUUCUUUUCCCCCUUCUUUUAGCUGGCUUCGUGCAGCCAGAUCCCAAGCCCGAGAAGAUGAAGAUGAAUUGCUACAAAGAUAUAAAAGGCACCAUCUAUGAAUAUGGGGCCCUCACUCUUAAUGGAAGGGAGUACAUCCAUUUCAAGAAGUAUGCAGGCAAGCAUGUCCUCUUUGUCAAUGUGGCCACCUAUUGUGGUCUGACAGCUCAAUAUCCUGAACUAAAUGCACUUCAGGAGGAGCUGAAACCCUUUGGUCUGGUUGUUUUGGGCUUUCCCUGCAACCAAUUUGGAAAACAAGAACCAGGAGAGAACUCAGAGAUCCUUCCUGGACUCCAGUAUGUCCGUCCAGGAGGUGGAUAUGUACCUAAUUUCCAGCUUUUUGAAAAAGGGGAUGUGAAUGGUGAAAAAGAACAGAAAGUCUUCACCUUCUUAAAGCACUCCUGUCCUCAUCCCUCUGACAUUUUGGGGUCAUCCAGACAUAUCUUCUGGGAACCCAUGAAAGUCCAUGAUAUCCGCUGGAACUUUGAGAAGUUCCUGGUGGGACCGGAUGGAGUACCUGUCAUGCGCUGGUACCACCGGGUUCCAGUCAGCACAGUCAAGGCAGACAUCCUACAGUACCUGAAGCAAUUAAAAAGUAAAUAG